GUAGAACUACGAAGUCGCCUAUCUCCGUUUUCAUUUAGAGAGCUUCGGUCCACCGUCGGCACCAUUUCUGCAACUGGAUCAUCUCUGUCUAUUUACGCGUUCGACACCUUUGUUCGGUGCCGGAAAGUCGCUUUUCCAGUUGGACCACAGUACGUAUCUUUUUGGUGAUUUACUAUACCGACUGCGACAUCGACUCUUUUUCCACUCACUUAUUCCCUUUAUUCCUUCCCUACUUCGCUUUUGAUAUCACAACGUUUACGCUUUGAGAGGAGCUAUAAUGCAAGCGCUGUCCUCCUGCCGGCGCCGUUGCUGUUGCUGAUGCGAGGAGGAUGACAACGCUCUUCCGGCCCGUGCCGGUUAUCGACCAGCCCUGCCGGGGGGAUACGUUCGAAUGCCUCGCGUACGGCUGCAACUUUUUGUACGUCGGAACGUCCGCCGCGACGGUCCUGUCCUUCACGGUAGCCGCUUCGAACCGCACCGAUGAGGAGUUGCAAAACAGUGGCUGCCCGCAGCGGAGCGUGCAGCUGCUGCCCGGCUCGGGGAAGAAGGUUUCUUUUACUAACUUGCUAGACUGCUCGUGAGCAGUUGUGAUGCAGCGGCAGUCCAAGCACUACACUGCUUAGGGUGAUGCUUCUGCUUUUAUCUGUUCGUCCCCUUUCCGCCAGAACGAGUAGGUCGGCAUUGCUGUUUGCUUAAUUUGAUCAUUCUCACUUGUUUCCGAAACUGUUGAAUCUCAGAUCGAGGAGCUGGUAUGUCCGGAAGGGAGCAAUGCUCGCAUUUUCGCGGUUUGCGAUGGCGGCAUUCAUAUUCUGCCGGGCAGUUUGGCAAACGCAGGCACGGUGCUCGCCAAAAAUGCGCUUUGCUUCGCCUUGCAGACGGAUCCUGCGGUUUUCCACGCCACUACAGAGCAGUUUCGUGGAUAUGACGUGGAGCACGGACACAUCUGCGUUGGCAGCAAACGGAAGCUGCAUCUCUUCCGACCAGUUUCUCCUCCAGGACAAGGUGGCGCGGGAGGGGUAUAGUGGUUUUUUUUUCUUGACAAAAAUGUUGAAAAUCUCUACAGCGCAGUUGCCUCGCGUGAAUGUUGAUCCACUUUCUUUCACUGUACCAGUGCCGUUUUUCAACAUCUCACGUGAGAUUUCAGUAUACGCUUGCUGUAUAAUUGUGAGAUGUUUCGCAUAAUUGUGGUGCGUGCGAAUACACGACCAGGAGCUCCACCUCGACUCGGACGAUAUCGCAAACCUCAAGUACGAGCUUUACCAGGAAAUUCCCUUGGCCGCGGGCUCUUCGUCCGCCCGGAAUCAGGCCGACCCCAAGGAGCGCACCGGGCCGCAGCUCUGCCGGUGGCACAAGAGCAGCAUCAUCGUCGGGUUCAAGCGGGAGUACGUGUUGGUAAACCAGGACGACGGCACGGUACGGGACAUUUUCCAACUGGACGGCAAAAGUAUUCCGCGGGUCUUGGUGUUGCCGCACGACGAGGUCUUGUUGUUGCACCAGGACAAGGUGGGGCUCUUUUUCAACGUGCACACGGGCCAGCCCAGCACGAAACACACUGUGGAGUUCAAGGACACACUGCUGCAUUUGAACACCAAAACACCCCAGUACAUUUUGGGCACGAGCAGGACCGGGAUCGAGGUUUUUUCGGUCCGAGACCAAAGCUGCAAGCAAACCUUGCUGUACCUGCAAGAGCACGGGUUUAGCGACAACAAUUUCGGGCAAAAUCUGACCUGUGUCUCCGACGGCAAUAAGCGGCUUUUUCUCGGAGCGAGUGGUGCGUCCAAAAACCAAGUGUUUUGUCUCUCGGAAAUUCCGCUGCGAACCCAACUAGCGAAGCUGUUGGAGGAGGAGAGGAGGCAAGACGCGCUUGAUUUGCUGACGGCGCACCUGGCGGGCUCGGACACGCAUGCGGACCCCGCGAAGCGGCAUUUGGAGCUGCAGAAUUUCCAUGAAAAGGCUGGCUGGGUUUUUUUCGCAAAGUUGAAAUUCGAGCUGGCCUUUCACCACUUUGCUUUGUCCGCCGUCCCGGUGCCACACUUGCUGCGCUUCUUCGCGACAGGCUUGCUACCCGCCGAGUGGUUCACAGAGCUGGAGGCGGAGGCCUGGGAGAUUGCGCGCCGGCUGCGCAGGCGGGCCUUGAACGACGCGCCUGUGGUGUUUCUGACCGAGAGCCCCUUCUAUUACUGCGACGAGAAUGCGGAGGACGAAGAGGAGCACGCGGGCAUGCAGAAAAACGCAAACCAACCGCUCGACUUGAAACCGUUCAUCGAGCAAAAAUUGCGGGACGGUGCGCUUCGUUCGAAAGACGCAGAUGACGAAGAUAAGCUGCAACCAGUAGGACCGGGGACCACGACGGGUCCAGUACCGCCAAGCGUCGACGUUCUGAUGCAGCAAGCUCAGCAGCACAUGGCUCGAUUUCUACUCACGGUGCGCGGCGCGCAAACCUGGAUGCAGCAGUCGUUGUCCGAACGCAAGAGGGCGGACAUGGUUCUUCUGCGGCUGUCCACCGGUUCACCCGCACGGAAUCUCGUUUCCCAAGAGAACUUCAGCUGCGUGGCCGGCGACUUUCCUGAGCUGUUCUUGAAAGAGCACCGCGAUUUGUACGCGUUGCUUCUGAAGAAGGAGAACAGGCUGGAAGAGGCGCUUUCCAUCUACACGGACCUUUUCAACCGCGAGCCCAAGAACCAGGACUUUGUGCACGAGAUCCGGUCGAUUCUGAGCAAACUGCUGAUUCACCACAGCACCGCGUCCGUGGCCAACACGCAGCAGGCGCUGUUGGGUGGGUCGCUGGGGUACCUGCAGGCGAAACCGUCGCAAAUCCGGGAACUGAUUUUGUCGCAUUUGGCGAAACUCCCCCGCACCGCGGUGGCCGAUCUGUUCACCACCACCCCUCUGGCGAGCUACCAGGCGGUGGUCGCACCCUUGGAGGUGUUCCGCUUGACCUUGCUGAACACGACCACGAGCGAUCUAGCGCCAGCAGACUUGGUCGAGCAGGUCGGGAAAGAGGAGAGGAGCUUCAAGGCGCCCCGCUUGCAGCAGGCGCAGCGGUUUCUGGAGCACCUCAUCUCCCAGGAAAACGUGCAGGAUCGCGAUUUGAGCACGGCCCUGGCGGUGUUGUACGCGCACAGACAGUCGAGCGAAGGACAACAUCAAUUACCGCAGCAACAAGGCUCGUCCACGUCUGCGCUGUCCGCCAUGACGCGUGCGGCGUCUUCCACGUCUUCCCUGCACGGCCGCGGACAGCUCGCGCAGUUUCUCGAUCAAGCCUCGACGAUCGUGAACAUAGACCGAAUUUUACUCACGCUGAACAACGACCCGACCAACACGUUCGACUGGGAAAGGUGUUUGCUGUUUCGCAAGCAGGGCCGCCACGCGGAGGCGUUGAAGAUCCUCUGCGGGGGUCGCCUCGGGGGUUUGCAGCAGGCGGAGCUCUACUGUCUCGGGGCGGUCGGGCUGACGUCAGACGCGGAGAAUAUUAGAAGUUCAUCGGGAAAUAACAGCUAUCAAAUGCAAAAUGUCUGGGGCUGGAAACUUGUGAUGCAAGACAGUCAAUAACAAAUGCACUGUAAUGUGCCGCCAAGCAAGACAAGUUUUUUCGUGCUUCUGUGCUACGUAUUUUGCAUGAGAAACUGUGUUUUUGCAUGAAAGGCGAGAGAGGCUGUUUGUGGCCACGCAAUACAGAUUUAAGGGCCUUGCCAGAUCAGCAUGACAAGUCUCACCAUCUUCCAGACCCAGACAUUUUUGCAGGUGAUAACAGCACUAGCUCCGCGAUUGAGACGCGGGACCUGGUCUUAAGCAACAGCAACACGUCCAGCAGCGAAAUCCUGCAGUCGUUCGAAAAACAGCCCCGGAGUAUCACGACGCAACUCUUGCCGCAAGCGAGCGCCGAAUUGCAGUUCGACACCGGAAAACGGCUGAACGAGGUCUUGAGUCGGGAGGCAAAGACAAGUCGCGCUUCCGACUCGGUAUUUCAGAUCUGUUUCGAGGUGCUGCUCGAGUCCGAGAACAAGGUGCCUUUCCCGAAGAUCCUGGCCUUCUGCAACCGAUACUACGAGUUUCUGGACGCGGAGCGGGUGAUCGACCAACUGCCAGACGAGGUACCCGUGAAUCUGUUGGAGGAAUUUCUGCGGAAAAGCGUGCUGCAGAUGAUGCACACGCAACGCCAGCAACAGGUGGAGGAGAAGCUCUCGGCGGCGGCGUACCAAAAAACGUACCGGGACUGGUACCAGACCCGCCAAGUCUGUGUCCACCUGACCAGCGAGCGGUGCUGCCCCAUUUGUCACCGCCGCGUGGGCGACAAGGCCUUUGCCGCCUCCUACAACGAUCUCAAAGUGUACCACAUUCACUGUCUGCAAGGAAAAAAAUCGCUUGACUGAGAAGUUCCAAAUUAAGUAUGAGCCGAAACGACUAGUGCG